UAGCAAUAGAAAAUAAACACACGAGGUUGUAAUUGUAUAAAUGAAAGACAACAACUCCCUGAGGUUGACAACACCACAAGCAAGUGUAAUGUCAAGAGAGAAACGAAGUUCAUUUCUCUAGACUGCAGCUGUAAGAUGGACUCGUCACCCAGUCGUGAUAUGGUCAGCCACUCACAAGUGUCAGAGUGUCAACUGUCUCCUGAGCUCACCUCCAGUGAGUUACAUCGCUCUAUGGAUACUUUAAAGUUGGCCAGAGCUGAGAUAGAAGUUAGAAAAUGCCUGGGGGACAAUUGCAAGGAAGAAACCAUCCUCAAAAGUUACUCUUGCGCUUGGCAGAAGGAGCUUUUGGUACAGGGUAGAAUGUACUUGACUCCCAACUGGUUCUGUUUUUACUCCAACAUUCUAGGAUGGGAGACAAAGACCUCAAUCAAGUUCAGUGAUGUGACUUCUAUCAGCAAACAGAGGACAGCACUCGUGUUCCCAAGUGCCAUACUCAUUGAAGUGGGCUCCAAGAAGUAUGGAUUUGCAUCUGUGAUCCAUCGAGACAAAGUGUUUCACGUGUUGGUCACCAUCUGGAGGAAUGCCCUCUCUCCAGAGCCGUUCAUAGAGUCUGUUUUACUUACGGCAGUCAAUAACUGGAAACAGUCGAGCAAAGAGCUACCCAGUAGUAUACGUUCAAACUCACUCACAGCCGAAAGCUCAGACACGGACCAUCACACACCUCACAGCCAUCACACCCUCACUACAUCCACACAAGAAGAAGACAGCCUGGAAUCUGAUUCGCUGACCGAGUUGCUCGGUGACCAUACAGACGGUGACUACCCUACAGGAAGCUCGUCCAGUAAUAGUGACAAUACGACUACCAGCUCUCAACACUCUGCCACAAGUGGAGUAUCGACUGGUGACUCUAGUACUAGGAGCAUGGACCCCGUUGACAGUGUUGAUACUACAGAUACCACCUCCUCAGCCCAAUCUAAUACUCAACAAAAAAUGAACAAUGAUAGUGGACUACAGUGGUUCAAACAUGACCUGACAAUUGCUGGAUUCCACAAGACUUUUGGACAGCUACCGUUCAUCAAUAAUUGCACAACAACUCUGCUCAUCAACAUGCUCCUCGUUGUAUUCAUUAUUCUCCUGCUGGUCUCCACUCUGACGAUGCUAUGUCGGCUAUCUCAAGUGGAACCUUCAUUACAUCCAUAUCUCAUUCUGCAACCAUGGUGUAGACUGUGCAGUCAAACAAUUGAAACCUUCUCCCCACUACCACACAUACACCACUGAAUGAUGAUCACUACCAAACAGCUUUAUCAAACCACAAAUUAUUAUUGUGUUUUGUUCGUUCAUUCGUCUGUGUCUGUUUACUAGGUAUAAUUUUUUUGUAUCACUAUCUCGCCCCCCACCCAUCCAUCCAUCCAUCUUAUAGGCAUUGUACAUUGUGUAGUCUUUCAAUAUGACUCUAAAAUUUCAUUUUUGUUUUUUUGUACUGAUGAUCUACACCCAAAAAAGUUGGAUGAAGAAACAUUAUUCACACCUGAAA